AGACUGAGUGACGAAGAAAUGUCUCUAAAUGCACCGGGAUGGUCUUUCCUGGCUUCUCAGUUUUGCUGUCUUUUGUUGUUCAAAAUCUGUUUUCUACAGACCCUGGAAAUUGCAGGUGUGGGGGCCUGGUAACGGCUGCUGUUGUCUCCUGGAAAUGACCGCUGCCUGCAGUGGACAUGGGGAAGAAGCUGGUGAUGGCCCAGAAGCGGGGAGAGACUCGAGCCCUUUGCCUGGGUGUGGCCAUGGUGGUGUGUGCUGUCAUUGCCUACUAUAUCCUGGGCACGACCAUGCUGCCCCUCUACCAGAAAAGCGUGUGGACCCAGGAAUCCACGUGCCACCUGAUUGAGACCAACAUCAGGGACCAAGAGGAGCUGGAGGGCAAAAAGGUGCCCCAGUACCCAUGCCUGUGGGUCAAUGUGUCAGCUGUGGGCCGGUGGGCUGUGCUGUACCACACGGAGGACACUCGUGACCAGAACCAGCAGUGCUCCUACAUCCCACGCAGCCUGGAAAACUACCAGGUGGCCCGGGCCGAUGUGGAGAAGGUCAGAACGAACUUCCACGAGCAUCGGAUUUUCUACUGCUUCUCAACGACUCGGGAGAAUGAGACCACUGUCCUGUACCGGCGCCUCUAUGGACCCCAGACCCUGCUCUUCUCUCUCUUCUGGCCCACCUUCCUGCUGACCGGUGGCCUCCUCAUUAUCGCCAUGGUGAAGAUCAACCAGUCCCUUUCCAUCCUGGCGGCUCAGAAGUAGACCUAUCCAUGCCACAGCAUGCUCGGCCGGAGGGGACAGGGUGGGCCCCCAGGCCUCUCCCUCCUCUUGUAUCCAUGUCUCCUCCCCCUGCCUUCUCACUAUUAGGGCUCUUAUCCAUCCCACCUUCCGCUACGUGGGUGGGCCUUGGGAAAUCCCUUUGUUAACUCAUUCCUGAUAAGAUGGGAUAUGGAAUGUGCAACAGCCCCCUGGUGCUUCAGAGAGCUCCAGGCCAGCUGGUAACAGCUUCCCAUCGCCUGUCCCCACUCAACUGGCUCAAACCCACUUUCUACUGCACCAUGGACCCUGCCCCACAGACAACAAUGAUGCUUAUCUCUGUGCCUGUGUUUUCUCGAUUGGCUCAAAGGCCCACCUUUGCCGUCCCUGGCAAACCUCAGUUCCUUCUUUGAAUUCCAUAAUGAAAACAACAGCAGGUCCCACGUAUACAGAACAUUUAGAAUAUUGCUUUUAGGACACUCAGUGCUAUAUUCAUUUUUAUUCCAAAAUUAACAAAUAUAGGCACAAACUUCUGGUUCUAAAAUACUUAAGUCAUGGGGAUGUCAUGUACAGCAUGGUGACUAUAGUUAACAAUUCUGUGUUACAUAUUGGAAAGUUGCUAAGAGAGUAAAUCUUAAAAGUGCUCAUCACAAGAAAACAAAUUUGUAGCUAUGUAUGGUGACAGAUGUUAACUAGAUUUAGUGCGGUGAUCAUUUUGCAAUAUACACAAUAUUAUGUUGUACACCUGAAACGGAUGUAAUGUUAUAUGUCAAUUAUACCUCAAUAAAAUAUACAUAUAUACAUCAA